GAGUGCCCGUUGAUAAUUUCGCGAGUCCGUCGAGAAUUGAAACGAUGGCGGGUGAUUUGCGCGUUGCAGUAUGUGUAAUUUUAAUUUUUGUGCUAUCAAUCAGUAAUAAAGUUGAAUCAAAAGACUGGUUCGAAAACACAGUUAUCUAUCAGAUCUAUCCUCGAUCCUUCAAAGACUCAGAUGGCGAUGGAACAGGAGACUUGCGAGGAAUCCUGGAAAAACUGGACUACUUGCACGACGUUGGGUUCGACACUUUGUGGAUUCAGCCUUUCUUCAAAUCACCAAUGGUCGAUUUUGGAUAUGAUAUCACCGACUAUAGAAAAAUAGAGCCAAUUUUUGGAACCAUGGAGGAUCUCAGAGAUUUAAUCGAUGCUAUCCAUUUCAAAGGUAUGCGUGUGAUUAUCGACUUCAUUCCCAAUCACACGAGUGACGAAAGCGAAUGGUUCAAGAAAUCUGUGAACAAAGAAGACCCCUACACGAAUUUCUACAUAUGGAAAGACUCCAAGGAACGUGAACCAGGAGCCCCGCCGGUGCCCCCUAACAACUGGUUGAGUGUAUUCGGAGGUACGGCCUGGCGGUGGAACGAAAAACGACAACAAUUCUACUACGGAGGAUUCUCGCCGGGACAACCAGAAUUGAACUUGCGAGACCCAAACGUUUUAGACGCCCUGAAGGACGUUAUCCGGUUCUGGUUAGAUUUUGGAGUCGAUGGAUUCCGAGUGGAUGCCGUCCCGUUUUUUUAUGAGGACGAACAGCUCCGAGACAACCCGUGGGUCUCUCCGAGUAAGGAGAAUUCGACGGAUUUCAACGAUCAGAAUCGCAUCUACAACUUCAAACAUCCAGAUAAUCACCAGCUUAUCCACCAAUGGCGCUUGCUCAUGGACGAGUAUAGUGCGAGAGAUAACAAACAAAGGCUGAUGACGAUAGAGGCGUACGAGACGCCUGAGGAACUUCAACAAUACUUCGGGAAUGCGACUUAUAAAAUGUCCCACUUUCCCCUUUACUUUGGACUGGUCACCAUAAAUUCUACGUCUGACGUCACAUUUUUGGAUGAAAUUAUUCAUGAUUUCAUUGACAAGAUGCCACCGCAUGGUAUCCCGAGUUGGGUGGCAAGCAACCACGACAAUUCGCGUCUUGCGAGUAGGGUGGAUUCGGAGUUCGCAGAGGCUAUGCUCAUGGUUCAGUUGCUGCUGCCCGGGGUAGGCGGAAUCUACUACGGAGAGGAGAUCCGCAUGCGGGAUAUCUACGUUCGCCCCGAUCAAAAGAAAGAUUUAACUUUUACGAACCAUCCUGCCUGGGGCCACCUCACCCGUGACCUAUGCAGAGGGCCCAUGCAGUGGGAUCAGUCCAUUAAUGCAGGAUUUUCAACGAGUAAAACCCCGUGGCUGCCU